GCGCUCAAUGAGUUAAUGGAAUGUUGGAUUCGCUCAUUCUUCAUUCCUAACUAGUUCUCCACCCUCCGCCAGCUCUCCCCCACCCAACCCACGAGGUGUGGUGGUACAGUCCAAACUCACUCAUGGGCUCCUUAAAGUCAAGGUCUGCAACCGUGCAACUCAUUCAUCGGCCGAUCGCCCAGCGGGAAGCAGGGAUCAGAGAGCAGAGGGAUCGGAGUGCUAUGAGCGGAGAAUCUUCAUCUCCCCGCAGCACAAUAAACGCACGGCUCUUAAUUUCGCGUGCGCUUGACUGCAGCUCACCGUGCUAUGCCUCUCUCUCAGUAGCCGUCAUGCAGGCAGCUGCAUGUUAGGGCACUUUCUCGACGGCCCUCUUUUCAUCUACUGAUUUAAUUAUUUUAUUUUGAACAGCAUCGUUUAGACGCUUAGGCUACUGCCACUAUUAGCCAAUUUUGCUGGCCACCUCCGCGUGUCAUAACUAUGGGGAGACCGUUCAAUGCGCACGCCCAUGGGCUCCAGGCAGCGAAGACGAUGCUCACGAUGGUGAUGCUGCUGAUGGUGCCGACCUCACUGUGCGCACACAACCACGAGCGUGACCACGGCGACUCGCGCCUCGUGCGCGUGCUCGUCCUCCUGCCCGCCGACCGGGCUCGACUCUUCUCGCAGGCGCGCGUGCGUCCCGCCAUCGAGUACGCGCGCGAAAGCGUGACCGGCAACGCUACCCUGCUGCCGGGUCACCGCUUCUCCAUUCACUUCGCAGACUCGGGCUGCGGCAACGAAGCCCUCUUCUCAGCCGUGGACUUUUACACAGAGCACGGGGCCCCACACCUCAUCCUUGGUCCCGCGUGCGAGUACGCGGCCGCGCCCGUCGCUCGCCUGGCCGUUCACUGGGGGGUCCCCAUGGUGUCUGCAGGAGCCCUGGCCAGCGGUUUCUCCAGCAAAGGCCAGGCGUCUUCUGCGCCUCCGUCUUCUUCUUCUUCUUCAUCAUCAUCAUCAUCAUCUCCCGCGUCAUAUUCCAAAGAUGAAUAUCAGACUCUGACGCGGGUGGCCCCGGCGUACGCCCAGCUCGGUGCGCUCUUCCUGGCCAUGUUCCGUCGCUUCAGCUGGAGCGGAGCCUCCCUAAUCUACAACGACGACAUGAAGGAGCGAGAUUGCUUCUUCACCGUGGAGGGGAUCCACCAGACGUUCGCGAAGCAGCACCGUGGAUUCGAGCUGCAGCCCUUCUCCUUCGACAGUGAGCACCAGGACCUGGACUUUGGCGAGAUGCUGGAGGGCGUCGUCCUCAGUGGGCAUGCAGUCGUGAUCAUUUGUGCCGGAGCCGACUCGGUGCGCGAGAUUCUUCUGGAGGCGCACAGGAAGGGCAUGACCGGUGGGGACCACGUGUUCUUCAACAUCGAGCUCUUCAACAGCACCCAGUACGGUGACGGCCGGUGGCGGCGUGGUGACGGGCUGGACGGGGAGGCGCGCGCCGCGUUCCGCGCGCUGCGCACCGUCACCCUGCUCCGCACCCAGCGGGCCGAGUUCGACUCCUUCUCCGUGGAGAUGAAGCGCCGCUCCCGCGAGACCUUCAACUUCAGCUACGACGACAACGUGAACAUGUUCGUGGAGGGCUUCCACGACGGCGUCGUUCUCUAUUCGCUCGCUCUGCACGAGGUCUUGGAGGCCGGCGGCUCCAUCAGCUCGGGCCGGGACAUCGUGACGAAGAUGUGGAAUCGCACCUUCCAAGGCAUUGCAGGACCAGUGACCAUAGACCAGAAUGGAGACCGUGUCGGAGACUUCUCGGUGUUAGCGAUGGAUGAUGGAGAAGAUGGGGGGCAAAUGGUGGUGGCCAACUACUACGGGCGGACGGACAGCUUCGACGAGGUGGCUGGGGCACGCGUGUCUUGGCCACAAGAAGCCUUGGCGGUGAUGACCCCCCACGGCACGCAGCUGGCUCCCCACGAGUGUGUGUGCCACGCCUACGGACUCGGAGACGCCAGCACCGUUGCGAUCAUCGUCGGCUUCCUGCUGGUCUGCGCGCUUCUCUUCGCCACUUUCGUCUUCAGGAGGCUGUACGAGGUGCGCGUGAAGAGGCGGAGCUCUUCGCUGGGAGACGACACCGAGAAACACAGGCAGCUCCGACAGGACUCAGUCCGCUCGCACUUCACGGCCGCAUAGAACCCGCGUCCAGCAGCAGCAGCAGCACCACCAGCAGCACCAGCAGCACCAGCAGCACCAGCACCAGUAGCACCAGCAGCACCAGCAGCAGCACCACCAGCAGCAGCAC